CUAGCCGCAGCUCUACACAUGUGGUCGUUUGGGGUUUCUGAUGCUUUUAGGCUACUCGUGGCUGCACGACUACUUGCUGCGUUUUUCAGCAAUAUAUCUGAUUGUGAUGAGACGUUCAAUUACUGGGAGCCCACACAUUACUUGAUGUAUGGAACAGGAUUUCAAACAUGGGAAUACUCACCGGUAUUUGCAGUUCGUUCGUAUGCCUAUCUGCUGAUGCAUACAAUUCCUGGUGAGAUUAUUCGUCUCCUGACCGACAACAAGAUUGCAAUUUUCUAUGGCGUACGUUGCUGUCUCGGUGUGGUGAGUGCUUUAUGCGAAACAUACCUUUACAGGUCUGUUUUGCCAGUUUUUGGUCGUUCUGUUGCUCGACUCUUGCUGGCAUUUCUGCUAUUUGGUAGUGGAAUGUUUAUAUCGUCCACUGCAUAUCUUCCAAGUUCGUUUUCCAUGUACUGUGUCAUGGUGUCGACUGGAGCAUGGUUAAGUGGGAACCUACCGUUAGCUGUGUUUGCUAUUGCUAUGGCAACCAUAAUUGGAUGGCCAUUUGCAGCAGCACUCGGAUUACCACUGGCUGUGGAUAUUAUUGUUUGCAAGAAGGAUGUUUGGGGAUUUAUUCGAUGGUCGUGUCUAUCAGCAGUUGCGACUUUGGUUCCUACUGCUGUUAUUGACUAUUACUUUUAUCGGAAAUUUGUUGUGGCAUCAAUGAACAUUGUUCUGUAUAAUGUGUUUGGAAAAGGUGGACCUGAGUUAUACGGAGUCGAACCUUGGACGUAUUAUUUUGUGAAUGGAUUCUUGAAUUUCAACAUUGUCUUUCUACUUGGCAUGAUGAGUGCUGUCAUCUGGGUCAUUCAUCUUGUGUCAGUGAGACGUCAAAAGUCAGUCUCUGAUGGUGUGACCAGUGCUUCAUGGAAAUGCCUGGCUCCACUUUAUAUUUGGAUUGCAAUUUUCUUCACAAGACCUCACAAAGAAGAACGGUUUCUUUUCCCUGUCUACCCUUUGAUCUGUCUUGCUGCUGCUGUCUCUCUUCACAACCUCUUGGAAGUAUUGGAUAAAGUGGGUCGGGCAUGGCAAUUGCUAAGACCAUUUUUGUCGUCACUUCGGGUAGUGAAGUAUGCUGUUGUUACAAUGUUCGUUCUGUUGUCGAUAUCAAGAAGCUUGGCUUUGUUCAAAGGGUACCAUGCACCACUGGAAUUGUAUGGUCAGUUAUACAAGCAUACGCAAACAACUCAACUGUCACAAAACCGGCCCUACAACGUCUGUAUUGGCAAAGAGUGGUACAGAUUCACUAGCAACUUUUUCGUGCAUUCGGACAGAAUCCAGGUGCAGUUCAUUCGUUCGUCGUUCAGAGGUCAGUUGCCGAAGCACUACGGCCAUGCAACGUGGAUUAUGCCAUCUGAAAUGAAUGACAUGAACAGAGAAGAGCCGGGACGUUAUGUUGACGUGUCAAAAUGUCAAUAUAUUGUUGACUGGGAUAACAGGGCGGCGUCGGUAGACGAGCCGAACUACUCUCUAGCUACUACAGAAUGGAAGGUAGUCGCUUCUGCGCCGUUCUUGGAUGCCGGCAGAUCGAGCUCUCUGUAUCGAGCGUUUUACGUGCCAGGCCUUUCAGAAGACACCACGGUCUAUGGGUCUUAUAAUCUGUUACAGCAGAUAACUGCGCAAUGAACAAGUGUUUGAUACAAAUUAUCUCUACGCAGUCUAAUA